UAGACAUAAUCGCCCAAGAAAAUUCAUCCAUCCACAAAAACUUAAAUUAUCAUAAACAAUCAUUCCAAAAAUAGAAGUGAAAUAUAAAGUACAAAAUACUUAAUAAAAAGAAAGAGUUCAUCAAAUAAAAUUAAACUAAGAAAAUAAACAAACACACAAAGGUGCGUGUGUAUAAGUUCUCUCUUCCUCUCUGUAAUUAAUAUCUACCAGAAAUUAGCAACACAACCGCAAGGUCAUUUCAUUUACAAAACCUGCAAAUUGGCAAAUCAUGGGCGACAGCAGCCGUCACUUGCUAAAAAGUCUUAUUAACGCCUCCGAAAAGGCAGCCAACAUUGCUAGAAUCUGCCGCUCCAAUGAACAAUUGCUAGGGCUGUUGGUGCAAGAGAAGACCGGUGAUGAGGCCAAUGCUAGAUUUGAACAUGAUUUUAAAACCUUGGCUGAUGUACUUAUCCAGGAAUCUAUAAAACAUGAUGUGGGUGCAGAGUUCCCCGAAAUGAAAGAAAACAUCAAGGGCGAAGAAUCAUCCACCUUUAAAAAUGCUGAAGAUGAAAGUGUGGCCAUUGUGGUGGGAGCCAACGAAACAGAGACAGCAGACUGUUUGUUGCAAAUUUUACAAACGCAACACCAAGAGGCUGCCCAAAUUUUAGCGGAAGAAGUUCAUCGUAGUGUGGAGUUUGACAAAGAGUUGCAUGAGGAUUUUCCUGAACUACCAAAUGAUGUGGAUUAUAGUCAAUUGGGUAUUUGGAUUGAUCCCAUAGACGCCACUGCUGAAUAUAUAUCCGGCGAUACUAUGUUCACCAAUUUCCCAGGCAUAACUUCCACAGGUUUAGAUUGUGUUACCGUCCUAAUUGGUGUCUAUGAUCUAAGCAGCGGCUUACCCGUCAUCGGAGUGAUUUCACAACCUUUUGGUAAUAAAAUCGAAGACAACAUCUACAAUUCUGCCCUAUAUUGGGGUAUAGCUUUACCCGAUUUACAAGCUCACAGCAAAAGACUGGAUAGCGAAACAAAUCGCUCACGUCUCUUGGGAAUCUUCUCCAGUUCAGAAAGAGCAGAUUUACUGCAGCAAAUGUUGGACUUGGGCUAUGAAUUUGCUUUUUCAGCUGGUGCUGGUCAUAAAGCGUUAAAAGUUAUAACCGGUGAAGUGGAUGUGUAUGUACUGAGCAAAGCCUCGACCUUUAAAUGGGACACAUGUGCACCGCAGGCUAUAUUACGUUCCUUAAAUGGUGAUAUUAUCGAUUUUAAAAAUAGUAUAAAAGAAGGUAAAGCUAUACCUUUGACAUAUACGACUGCAGCAGCUAGUGAGAACAGCGAAGAAGGUGGUGAUGAGACGGAAGGCACAGACAAGGAUUGGAAGUGUAAUUGUAAUGGUUUAAUAGCGAUUAAAGAUUUGAAAUUGUUAGAGCAUUUAUUAGAGAAAUUAGCUGAAUCUUAAAAGUUCAAUAACAGUUUAGAUUUAUCAUGAUGCUAAAAAUAAAAUAGUUAGCCUAUUUUUAGGUUUACUUUAUGCGUCAUGAUAAACUUAACGCAGUUUUUAGUCAUUUAAAUAUUUAUUUAAAAGCUGUUGUAUAUGUAUGUACAUUAGAGUGGUCAGUAUAUACUUUGUAUGUGCUACAUUUCAACAUAUUUACAAUUAUGCAAUUAUUGGUAAACUGUUAAAAACAUAGGUAUAUGAUUGCUCUUUUUUACAUUGAUGAACCAACCCAUU